AUGUCCGGCCAGGAAAAAGAAUUGGUGGACUUCGAGCACGAGAAGGACCAGCAACAAGACCAGGGGCCCCAGCGGUCCUCGGGCGGCUCGGGUAGCUCUUCGGAGGAUGUGGAGGACGAGUCGAGGAUCUGGCGCCGCCCCCGGUUCCGUUUGGCUCGGGUGCAGGCCUUGCUUCAGGAUGCGUCUUCGGAGGACCUGUCUGCUGCCUUUCGUGACGGAGACAUCACUCUUCGAGAUAUUGUGUCAACGUGUUUGUCGUCCGAUGUCCCUCGUCCCGUGCCCCCCUUCGACCUAGAUAUGUCGCACGAGGAAAUUUCUCGCUUGCCCCCCGAUGACUACGACGCAUUGCUCCAACUUAGCGAACACUGGCACGGGCGUUUGACGGAGAAUCUUCGCGCGGAGGCGGAGGCGGUGGCAGAGAAAGCGGCUGCAGAGGAAGCAGCGGCGGCAGCAGCGGCGAGAGCGGAGGCGGAGCGAGUGGCUCCGGAGCAAGCGGCGGCGAAGCAAGCGGCGGCGAAGGAAGCGGAUGCAGCAGCAACGGCGGCAGCGGUGGAGGAGAAAGCGGCUGCGGAACAAGCGCAGUUUGAAGAACGUCUUCGCCAGGGGCACAGGCAGUCGGCGGAUAUCGCGUUUCUUCAUCGCAGCGUCGGGAUGCCCUCUCGCGAUGUCACGUUCCACCACCAAGACCAAUCCGACGCGGACACUGCCUGGGGAGCCUGUCGCCAAGUCGUCCUGGAUGCCGUUCGCCCAACGCCCAUCUCGCAGGUUACCUUCGGCACCCUCUUCAACAAAGGGUUCAUCAAGAAACUCACGCCCUUCCAGCAGCAAAACGUUUUCAGGCUUGCACAUGCUUUACGACGGGCUACUUUCCGCGAUGAACCUCAAGGAUCUAUCCUGGUCACCCCGAGUGGUGGCUUACAGCCGCCUCUCAACCGCGCGGCCUCGACCACCGACCAGCGUGAUAUCACCAGCUCGAACUACGGCAAGGCGACCCAACGGGACUCAUCUCACUUCAGCCGUGGCUCGGGCGAGGGGCGCAAUCACUCGGAGUUUACGGCACCGGCGUCUUCAACGUCGGAUGAGGAUUCCACGAGUCACAAAUCGGCCUCCGGUUGUGGUUCCGGAGACGGUCUCCACCCGUACGUCGCCGCGGAAGGAGAAGAAGCCGGAGCGCCGUUAGGAGCCGGACCCACAGGUCUCCGCCAGCGCGUCGUCGCAGCUGGAGCAGGAGCCGGAGCGAGGAUCGGAGCAGGGCUAACAGGGUCUUCCACGGGCGCCAGAGUGUGGAAGGACGCCCUGGAUGCUGCGGACGGCGCUGCUGCAGAGGCAGACAUCAUCCAUAUUCAAGACAAGAUGGACAAGCUGAAGCCGGAACAACUUGAUGGUGUUAACCGUUUGCCCCUUGGUCCCGAUCCUGACGAAUUUGCUCGUUUCGCGUCUAGCUGCCAGCUCGUCGUCGCAGAAAUCCUCACCAAAACCGAUGUCAAGCGUCAACAUAACUUCCAUUUUACCACCUGGGUCAGCGGAUGGCUUCCAUUGUUGCGCAAACGUGUCCGUGCUACUGUCGUUGAAGGUCAACCAAGCAACCGUACCACCAUGGAAUUUCUCAAUGACAUCUUCCAACAGGUAGAAGCUCAUCUGCGCAAGGACCCAGCGGGGCCCUCGACGCACACAUGUUUCAUCCAGAAACUGGCGGGCGCAUGGGGCUUCCAAGACAAGAGCUCCGGGGAUUGAUCGUCUUCGUAGUUUUGGAGUGCCCAACGGGGAAACUUUCCGAGAGUACAUUCGUCAGUUUAAGGCUUGACUGAAACUGUCAUGGUCUCAUCACCCGUUCAAGCAUUCGGAUGCGCAAGUGCAAAACAGCUGUUCGGGACUCAUGUUGAAGCAGUUUCCGGUUUUGUCUAGGCAGUUGCGUAAGGUUGAACAGCUCACCAUUGAGGCCCCGUGUGGACGGCAUGACUCUUGCUUGGGCGACAUGUGGGACUUGUGGACAAGCGUGUGAUAGUACACACGCCCGAUGUGAAUGGAGAGAGUUCUUUUCCUGUGUCUUCGAUGAACCUUGGGAAUUCGGCUGCUGUUUCGCGUGCGGUAGCUUCAUCGGCGUUGAGUUCGACUGCACCUCCUUUUUUGGAGCAAGGACUCUUCGCUUGCUGUGAUGAGUGUUGACCCUCUACCAAACAAUGAUCGGGACAUCGGGACCCUUUUUUGCUGCACUAUUCACAUAGUCUAGACCGUUGGUUUUACGGGGAUAUGUGUGUGGAGAGUUCCCUAGAUUG